AUGGAUGAAAUCCGCGAGCUGGACAAUCUGCAGCCUCCAGACCGUCCCCAAAACGCCUCUUCUCAUGGGUUAACUAACGGCAAAGACCCCAAACCCGUACCGACGACACCAGCACCAGUGCAAGAUGCCGAGCCUCAGUCGACGAGCCUUCGAACCUGGAGGUUCUGGGCUAUCAUCGUGGCAUUGAGCAUCACGGGACUCAUGUCCGCAAUCGAGGGGACCAUCAUAACGAGCGCGCUACCCACCAUCACCAACGCUCUGGGUGGCGGCGAUGCCUACAUCUGGGUCCCCAACGCCUAUCUCCUGGCCCAGGUCGCCAUACUUCCCCUUGCCGGACAAGCAAGCAACAUCUUUGGCCGUCGCCAUCUCCUCCUGGGAUCCGUCGCCCUCUUCACGCUAGGAGGCGGCCUCAGCGGCGGUGCCUCCUCGAUGGCCAUGCUGAUAGCGGCCCGCACCAUCCAGGGGCUCGGCGGCGGAGGGAUUAACCUCCUGAUGGAGACUAUCGUGACCGACAUUGUCCCACUCCGGGAGCGUGGCCAAUACAUGGGCAUUGUGGGCAUCGGCGCCAUUGUAGGAGCUACCGUGGGUCCGUUUCUGGGCGGCCUGAUCACCGAUCAUGCUUCCUGGCGGUGGUGUUUCUACAUAAAUGUGCCCAUCGGCGUUGCCUCUUUCGUGAUCCUAUUUGUUUUCCUCCGCGUCAAGUACGAGCGUGACCUGAGCUGGUCGGCUCGCUUCAAGCGCAUCGACGUCUCUGGCAAUGCCAUCUUCGUGGCCGCAAUCGUCUCCGCCUUGAUUGCGCUCACUUGGGGCGGCACCAUCUACAGUUGGAGCACCUAUCACAUCAUUGUGCCCCUCGUCCUGGGCCUUGUAGGUGUGUUGCUUUUCGCCGCUUUCGAAUGGACCCCGAGACUCUGUCCUGAGCCCUCAUUCCCGCGACAGAUCGUGUCGAACCGCACCUCAGCAGCCGCUCUCGGCCUGACCUUCAUUCACGCCGUCGUCGCCUAUUGGGUAUACUACUUUCUGCCGAUAUACUUCCAAGCCAUCAAAGGGUUGUCACCUCUGCGCUCCGGAGUAAACACACUGCCCAAUGUCGCUGGCGGGCUUGUCUUUGCGGUUCUGGGGGGCGUCAUGCUCUCCAAGUUUGGCCGCUACAAGCCUCUACACCUGGUUGGAUUUGCUGUGACCACUGUCUCCUUUGGACUGUUUAGCAUCCUUGAUGCCAACUCAAGCGACGCCGCAUGGGUAUGCAUACAGCUUCUGAACGCCAUGGGCAGUGGCAUGCUUGGCGGUGUGCUUCUGCCUGCUGUUCAGGCGCCUCUGGAUGAAAGCCAUGUCGCCACGGCUACCGGAAUUUGGAGCUUCGCUCGCUACUUUGGCUGCAUCUGGGGUGUCACUAUCCCAAGUGCCGUGUUUAACAACGAGUGCAGGCGUCUCGCGAGCAGCAUUACUGACCCGAAUAUCGCUGGUAAUCUGUCGGGAGACGGUGCGUAUCAGCAUGCCACAGGUGCCUUUCUAUCCAGCAUUCAAGACCCGGCACUUCGUGCAGAGGUGGUCGAGGUCUUUACCGGAGCGAUGCGGACGGUUUGGCUUGUUGGGAUUGCAUUUGCUGCAUUGGGAUUCUUGGCCAGCUUUAUAGCGAAGGAGAUUGAACUCCGGAAGGAACUGAACAACAAUUUUGGGGUAGAAGACAAAAAGGAUGCUAUCAUCUCGCCAACGGCAGACACCGAAGCUGUACCAUCAUCUAACCCGGUCUAA